AUGGACAAAGACCACCAGCCGCCGGUCGCCCCGGACCUCGAGGCCAGCCCCUCGCCCGAGCCGAAACCCGCGCGGGAAUCCUCCCUGACCCGCCGGUGGAAGGAGACGCUGGACCCGGCGCAUGCGGACUUGGUCUGCCUGCUGCUGUGUUUUCUGACAGGUCUCUGCGAUAGCAGCGCUUACAAUGCCUGGUCGUGCUUCCUAGGCAUGCAAACCGGCAACACCAUCUUCCUCGGCCUCGGCGCCUCCAACCAACCCACCAGCAAGCCCUGGGGCUGGCUGAAGUCGCUUGUCUCCAUCGCCGCCUUCUUCUCUGGCGCCAUGAUCUUCUCGACGGUCAUGCGCAGCGUCGGCGCCCUCCGCCGCGGCACGCUCGUGGUCUCCUUCCUGAUCCAGACCAUCCUGAUCAUCAUCGCGGUCGCGCUCAUCGAGGCCGACCUGAUCCCACACAGCUCGGCCGAUAUGAGCCUGGAUGGCGGUCCCUUGUUCCUGGAGCUGAUCCCGAUCGGCCUGCUGGCCUUCCAGUCGGCGGGGGCCAUGACCUGCAGUCGAUCGCUUGGCUACAACGAGAUCCCGACGGUGGUGUUGACCAGCGUCUACUUUGACAUUGCGUCGGACCCGAAAAUCACGGACAAGCCAACGGCCAACGCAAAGCGCAAUCGGCGCAUUGGCGGCGUCGUGUCGCUGCUGGUGGGUGCGAUUGUCGGCGGGUGGCUGUCGCGCAGCAGCGGCGGCAUGGAGUCGGCGCUGUGGAUGGCGGCCGGCCUCAAGUUUGUCGCGGCAUUGGCAUGGAUUUUCUGGAAGGCCGCGACGCCGAAAUAG